GUGUUUGCAGAGACCAUCUAAAGUGUCAAGGACAUCAGAUCAACAUGAAAAUACGUUCCCUUUUGAUGCUGUUUGUUGUGUUGUGCCAUGGAAGACUACUGUUCAGCAAAACAGAGACUAAAGUGAUUGAAGCAACAGAAGGAGAAAAUUUUACAGCCCAAUGUUUACUUUAUUUCAAUGAAAAACAAAAAAUCUUCUGUCAAAAUGACUGUAAAGGGAAAGAAGACAUUUUGGUUGAGACUGCAAACAACCGACUGCAGAAUGGAAGAUACGGCAUUGAAGUUAUCAAAGGAUCUCACACGCAAUUAAAAACAUUAUAUGUGAUCAUCACAAAUGUGAGAAGAUCUGAUGCUGGGUCAUACACAUGUGGUCUGGAACAUGGAGAGAUUUCAACAUUUAUAUUAAAAGUCAUCAGUGUGGAAACCCCAACACCAGGUUUGACCCUCGGAGCUGCUCCCACCACAUCCCUCCAUAAUGUGACACCAGCACAGACGACACAAAGGACACAAGAAGCAUCUGAAGUGACGAGCUCACAGCAACCUCAGGAGGAGCACAACUCAUCCACACUGUCUGUUGUGCUGCAGUAUGUUGCUGUGAGUGUAACCACCAUUCUGAUUAUUGUAUCAGGGAGUAUUUUGAUUUGGUGCUGGAAAAGGAAAACCAAUAGACCAACAGAAGAUCCAACUGCUGCUGAUGACUGUGAAACUCCAGAGUGUGAAAACGAGCGUCUUGCUGCAGUGAAGGAGUGUGCAGACUGCACUUACCAGAGCCUCUGUGUGGACAACAUGGACCCAAACCAAACCUACACUUCCAUCCGAGACCAAGUGAUUUAAUGGACAUUUAUUAGGCUAGAAUUGUCAAAUCUUGUCAAAAUCCUGGUGUAUUAUGGAUAUUGGAGGGGAGUAAUCUGAAUGUAGCUCAUGUCAUUACACUUUUACUACUGUACAGGCUGAAGGGCAAAAAUACCCACAGACAAGGGUGGAAAGUAACAAAUUACAUUUCCUCCCAUUACUGUAAUUGAGUAGUUUUUUAUGAAUAAUUUGUAAUUUUUUAAGUAGUUUUUGAAAUAAAUGUUACUUCAUGACAUUGGAACACACCCUCCUUACUGAGUAAAAUCAGAUUGAUAGAGAAAAAAAAGAAAUGCGAGAAAAAAAAAGUGCUGGAAAUGUAAAGUGCACAUUUCCUCUAUAGAAUGUACAGUUAUUGUACAGAACCAUCAGUCUGUUUUGGAUCAACUUGGAUGAGGCUGGUGCCGAGCCACAGAUCGAGGUCGUCAUGGACGAUAUUCAAGAAGAAGGUGCAUUGAAUAUUUCUGAAGAGGAAAAUGAAGGAUGGAAGUGAAGGGAGCAUGGCACUUUUUCAUUUCUUGUAUCAUCAGUCAGUGUGCAAUGUGUGCAACAUUUUCAUUUUGCAUACUUUGAUUUUGGUUUAAUUUUCUGUCUUGUUUAUUGUAGUGUUGUUUAAACCAGGUCUAAACCAGGACUAAUGUUGGACUUGAGAGAGAGAGAGGGAGAACCCCGAACUUGUGGAGCAGGGUGUCUGCAAAGCAUAAUCGAGCCAUGGCUGCACUUCGCCCCAUGGACGGGGAGCUCUGUGCCGGUCCUUUCACCUGCAGUCACCUGACAGUCUCUCACC